AUGGGAAAGAGGUGUGUUAUGACUACUUCCCUCUCGCUCCUCCUCCUUCUCUUCCUUCAAACCCUAAAUUAUGUUCAUGCCAGUUUCCUCUGCUAUGGCGAUUUCUCCACCGCUAACUACAGCCGCAAUCGAGACAAUCUCUUGUCUUCUCUUCCUUCAAACGUCAUCAAUAACGGCGGUUUCUACAACGCGUCACUUGGCAGUGAUUCUGGAAACAGCAGAGUCCAUGUUUCCGCCUUAUGCAGACGAGGCUACGAGGACCAAGCUUGUAAGGCAUGUCUGGAGCACGUCAUCCAAGAUACAAAAGAAAAGUGUCCUCACCAAAAGGAGACUUUCUCGUGGGUCACUCAUGAACCCAACGACGUUUCUUGCAGCUUACGUUACACCAAUCACUCGAUUUUCGGCAAACUAGAGCUCUCCCCGUUUACUCUCAAUCCGAACCCAAACAAUAUAUCGUCCAUAAUCAAGAACAUGGCCCUUUUCAGCCAAGAAUGGACUGCAACGGUUAACCGGACGCUCGAGGCUGCUUCUACCGCUGAGACUUCCUCAGUCCUCAAGUACUAUAACGCCACAAGAACAGAGUUUACAGAGAUCUCAGACACAGAUGUUUACGCGUUGAUGCAAUGCACACCUGAUCUAUCGCCAAGUGAUUGCAAGAGAUGUCUUAGAGAGUGUGUGACUGAGUUUCAAAAGCAGUAUUGGGGAAGACAAGGAGGUGGAGUUGGUCGGCCUAGCUGUUAUUUCCGGUGGGAUCUUUUUCCUUUUUACAAAGCUUUUGAUAAUGUUACAAGAGUUCUUGCUCCUCCUCCUCCUACUCAAGCUUCUUCGACGGCUACUCUUCAUUGUGGGAGAGACAAAAACGGUUUUGGAGGAAGAAACAUUGCAAUCAUUGUUGUCCCUGCAAUAAUUAACCUCUUCAUAUUUGUUGGUUUAAUAUGA